CCACUCUCCCCAGUGGCAACCCUGACCCCAAGACCAGUCUCAUUUGGAGUGUAGAUAGAUGAUAAAGCCUUGUAAGGUUUGUGGAAACUGCUUCUGUGAGGUCUAGGCCCACCCCCUAGGCCCAACUGGCCCACCCCCUCCACAGCUUCCUGUGUCUUUCCCACUCUCAGUCUUUAGGACGUCUGAUUACCAGGAGUCUGCCAGAGCCUCCAAGCCCCUAAUAGAGUAGCUAAGAAGACACACUUCUGCUGGCCAGAGAAUACCUGCCUUUCCUUGGUUCCAUACUCUUCACGGGGCAAUGAAUCAGAAGACCACCCUGGUGCUCCUCUUUCUUGCCGUCAUUACAAUCUUUGCUUUAGUGUGUGUCUUGCUAGCUGGCAGGAGAGCAGAUGGAGGUGAACCCAGCCAGCCUCCCCACUGCCCCUCCACAACGCCCAGCGCCCAGCCCUGGACACACCCAGGCCAGAGCCAGCUGUUUGCAGACCUGAGCCGAGAGGAGCUGACAGCCGUGAUGACCUUCCUUACACAGAAGCUGGGACCAGGCCUGGUGGAUGCGGCCCAGGCCCUGCCCUCAGACAACUGCAUCUUCUCUGUGGAGCUGCAACUGCCCCCAAAGGCUGCGGCCCUGGCCCACCUGGACGGGGCCGGCCCCCCACCGGCCCGGGAGGCGCUGGCCAUCGUCUUGUUUGGUGGACAAGCCCAGCCCAACGUGAGUGAGCUGGUGGUGGGGCCUCUGCCACGGCCUUCAUAUGUGCGGGAUGUGACUGUGGAGCGGCAUGGGGGUCCUGUGCCCUUCCACCGACGCCCCGUGCUGGCUAGAGAGUACCUGGACAUAGAUGAGAUGAUUUUCCAAAGGGAGCUGCCCCAGGCUGCUGGCCUCCUGCACCACUGCUGCUUCUACUCACAGAAAAAGCACCAACUUGUGACGAUGACCACCGCCCCCCGAGGUCUGCAGUCAGGGGACAGGGCCACCUGGUUUGGCCUCUACUACAAUAUCUUGGGGUCUGGGAUCUACCUGCACCCUGUGGGGCUGGAGCUACUGGUAGACCACAAAGCUCUGGACCCUGUUCGCUGGACCAUCAGGAAGGUGUUCUUUCAAGGUCGCUACUAUGAGAGCCUGGCCCAGCUGGAGGAGGAGUUUGAGGCUGCCCGGGUGAAUGUGGUGCUGGUUCCAGACAAUGGCACAGGUGGGUCCUGGUCUCUGCAGUCCCCAGUGCCCACGGGUCCUACUCCCCCUCUGCAGUUCCAUCCCCAGGGCCCUCGCUUUAGUGUCCAGGGGAGUCAAGUAGCUUCUUCACUGUGGACUUUCUCCUUUGGCCUCGGAGCUUUCAGUGGUCCAAGGAUCUUGGAUAUCCGCUUCAAGGGAGAACGCCUGGCUUAUGAGAUCAGUCUCCAGGAGGUGGUGACUAUCUAUGGUGGCAACUCUCCAUCAGCAAUGGUGAACCACUUCAUUGACGGGAGUUUCGGCAUGGGCAAAUACUCCACCCCCUUGACCCGUGGGGUGGACUGCCCCUACCUGGCCACCUAUGUGGACUGGCACUUCCUCUUGGAAUCCCAGGCUCCCAAGACACUACGUGAUGCCUUUUGUGUAUUUGAGCAGAACCAGGGCCUCCCUCUGAGGCGACACCACUCAGAAUUCUACUCCAACUAUUUUGGGGGCCUUGCAGAGACAGUACUAGUUUUCAGGUCUGUGUCGACCUUGCUCAAUUAUGACUAUGUGUGGGAUAUGAUCUUCCACUCCAACGGGGCCAUAGAAGUCAGGUUACAUGCCACAGGCUACAUCAGCUCCUCGUUCCUCUUUGGCGCUGCUCAACUGUAUGGGAACCAAGUUGGGGAGUACACACUGGGCACUGUCCAUACCCACAGUGCCCACUUCAAGGUGGAUCUGGAUGUAGGAGGACUGGAGAACUGGGUCUGGGCUGAGGACAUGGCCUUUGUCCCCACCACAGUCCCCUGGAGCCCUGAGCAUGAGAUGCACAGGCUGCAGGUGACCCGGAAGCUACUGGAGACAGAAGAGCAGGCCACCUUCCCCCUGGGAGGGGCCACCCCUCGAUAUCUGUACUUGGCCAGCAACUGCAGCAACAAGUGGGGUCACCUGAAAGGUUACCGCAUCCAAAUAGUCAGCUUCGAAGGGGAGCCACUGCCUCAAAACAGCUCCCUGGAGAGAGCCUUCAGCUGGGGGAGGUACAAGCUGGCUGUGACACAGCGGAAGGAGGAUGAGCCCAGCAGCACCAGCAUCUAUAACCAGAACGACCCUUGGACACCCACAGUGGACUUCACUGAUUUCAUCAACAAUGAGACCAUUGCUGGAAAGGACUUGGUGGCCUGGGUGACAGCUGGUUUCCUGCACAUCCCACAUGCAGAAGACAUUCCCAACACAGUGACUGUGGGCAAUGGGGUGGGCUUCUUCCUCCGCCCUUACAACUUCUUUGACCAGGACCCCUCCUUUGAGUCAGCUGACUCCAUCUACUUCAGCGGGGAUGUGGAUGCUGAGACCUAUAGGGUCAGCCCUCUCACCAGCCUGCCCCAGACUGCUGCCUGUGCCUCAGAACUCCCUGCCUUCUCCCAUGGGGGCUUCUCUCACAACUAGGUGGUCUUUGGGAUGGGGGUGUGGCCUGGUUCCCCAGGACCAGGGUAGGAGUUGGGGGUGGAUGGGCAGUGGGUAAUGGGCCAGGCAGCCUAUGCCCUCUUUUCUCUCUCCCUGAGACAGAGGUGCUCUCCUCCCUGUCUCCCCAGGUUUUCUCUCUCCACUCCCUCCCUGUAUGCCCUUCCUUAUGGGGAGCACCCUAAGCCUGUGAUGUCUGAUGUCGGGGGUGUGUGGUAGGGGGACAUCUAAUGUUGCUGAUCCCUCACCAAACAGCUUUCUCUCCCAGGCUGGAAUGACCAGCAGGGAGUCUGCGCUGAUGGCCAAGCUCUUCCCUUUGUCUUUUUUCUUUGUUUUUUUUUUUUUUUCCUCUCUCUCUGACUUUCUCUGCAGGUUACCUCCAGACCCCUCCUGGGCUUCUCCAAUGCAUAGGGUUCUGCAAUAGGAAUAGUCCACCAGAAGGUCCCAGCAGGGUUUCUGCCAGGCCUACAUAUCCAUGCAUAACUGCACCUUCUUGGCUCACAUCUGCUGUACCCCCAGUCUGCCUUCUCCUCUUCCUCCUCUUCCUUCUUAUCCCCCCCCAUCUGUUCUCAUAUCUGGGUUAGGUUUCCUCCCAGCCCUUCAGGGAUGCUCCUCUGCUGCAUGAUGCCGUAGCCUACACUUCUCUACUUCAGUCUCCUCUCCUGGCCCUAGGACUGUAGAAGUCUCAAAUAUGGGGGCCGGGCAGUAGCACAUCAAGUAAAGUCUACAUGGCACGAAGCUCAAGGACCGGCGUAAGGAUCUCAGUUUGAGUCCCUGGCUCCCCACCUGCAGAGGGGUCACCUCACAAGUAGUAAAGCAGGUCUGUAGGUGUCUAUCUUUCUCUCCCCCUCCCUGUCUUCCCUUCCUCUAUCCAUUUCUCUCUAUGCUAUCCAAUAACAAUGACAGCAAUAACAACAAUAAACAAGGGCAACAAAAGGGAAAAAAA